GCAAAGUUGCACAGCUUGUGGCCCUGGAAGGCUUUCAAAUUUAGUGUGACAAAGUUGUGUCGGCUCUAGAAAUGGGCAGGAGGGCAGUGUGGUCGCUUAAGGAGGCAUGCCACAUAGUCAACAAGGGAAGAGAGAUGGUGGCACCAAAGUGUUGAACGGAUGGGAGACAACUGAAACAUGGAGAGGAAGGCCAGGGUGAGAAAUAAUCGGUGCAUUGAUGAGAGCUUUAGCAAGGAGGCAGAGGAAAAGUCAUACUUCUUAGUUCUAUAAAAUGAGAAAUAUCAUGAUUUGCUGGCCGGCUGAAUGUGGGAGAGAUUUCCAAACUGGAGGUAUUGAAAGGUGGAGUGAAAGGGGCCAGAAGAAAGGAUGUAGUGGUGGGGGAUGAGACAAGGAGCUGGUCCAUUCCUUUCCUCCAAGCCUCCCCUCCUAGGUGAAAUUUCAUUACAUUUUGCUCAUCUUUGCAUCAUGGUCAUCCAUUGGCCUAUGAUUUGUCCAGCCCACUUUUAAAGCUAUGUGGACACUACUACUGCCCAUCAGCUGGCAACAAUUUAAAAUGUCCAUGCCUGAGGAAGUGCAGUUUAAAGAAACAGUAUGAUUAACCAAUAUUUUACUUGCAUGUUUUGCAGCCAGUUCUGACGAAAUACAAAAUGUGUGAAGAGAACAGCACUGCAACCGUCAAGGAAUUUGCAUUUGUAGGUUUAACAGAGAGCCCUGCUCUGCAGAACACCCUCUUUGUAAUAUUCCUAGCUGUGUAUGUGAGCACUUUGGUGGGAAAUCUGGGAAUGAUUGCCUUAAUAAAGGCCAGUCCUCGCCUUGAUACCCCAAUGUACUCCUUCCUCAGCAACCUUUCUUUCCUGGAUGUGUGCUGCUCUUCUACAAUUGCCCCCAAGACGUUAGCAAACCUUUUAGAAGAUAAGAAGUCGAUUUCCCUGAUUGGAUGUGCAAUGCAAAUGUACUUCCAUAUAGGUAUGGGGAGCACUGAAUGCUUCCUUCUGGCGGCAAUGGCCUAUGACCGCUAUGUUGCCGUCUGCAAGCCGCUGCUCUACCCAGUGCUCAUGUCCCCUGCCGCCUGCAUGCUUUUGGUGGUGGGAUCCUACGCUCUUGGGCUUUUGCAUUCACUUGUUCAUAUGGCCUUUACCUUCAGGCUAUCAUUCUCGGAGUGCAGGCUGAUCGAUAAUAUUUUCUGUGACAUCACUGCGCUUCUUUCCAUCUCGUCUUCUGAUAUCUACACCAAUGAACUCCUGAUCUUUUUCUUAGCUGGUCUGGUGGAGAUAGUCACCGUCCUGAGUGUCGUGGUCUCCUAUACGUGUAUUCUCACCAACAUAGUGAUGCGGAUCAGCUCAGUCAGAGGCAGGCUCAAAGCCUUCUCCACCUGCACCUCACACCUAACCGUAGUCUCCAUCUUCCAUGGGUCAAUUCUCAUUCUGCAUUUCCGGCGGAGGUCUGCUCAGGGAUCUGCUGCCCAAGAUGUGAGCGAGAAAAUUCUCACGGUGUUCUAUACAAUCGUCAACCCAUUGCUGAACCCUUUGGUUUACAGCCUGAGAAACAAGGAGGUGAAGGAUGCCCUUCGUGUUAUUAGAGGAAAGGUGUGCGGCAAAAUGAUCAAGACCAUAAGAGCGGCAAGGCUUGAUCAGCUGCACUGA